AUGGUUGAUAAAAGAGCUAAUUGGAAAGAUCCAGAAAUUCUGAAAACAUUUUUAGAUGCGUGUAUUGAAGAAAGCACUAGUGGAAAUAGGAGUGGAAGUAGUUUUAAGAAACGUUCAUGGGAUCUAAUUGGUAAUCUUAUGAAAGAAAAAAAGGGACUUGAUCUUACUCAAAAACAGUUGAAAAAUCAACUGGAUUACCUGAAAAGAAAGUACAACAUCUGGGAAAGAAUAGUUAAUAAAACUGGGAAUGGAUACGAUCCCAUUAGCAAUACUGUUAGCUGGACUUCUGAAGAGUGGGAUGACUAUACUAAGAUCUAUCCAGACGCAAAACAAAUUCGAUAUGUCGGCCUACAAUUUGCAGAUGAAAUGAAGUCACUAUUUGAUGGUAUUACAACUACGGGGAAAGAUGCAUGGGGUCCCUCAAUGGAAGAAAUGCCACCAACUAUUCCAAAUAGUAACAUUACUAUUGAUGUUGAUGUUGAGGUUGAGGUCGAUGUUGAUUUGGAAAGAGAGAUAUCUCAUAGUCCUAGCAUAGAACAUUCAAAGUCUAAACGCCGAAAGUCAAACAAAUCUGAAUAUAUUGACGAACAGAUUUUAGAAACUCUUAAGAAUUUAAAUGAUUCAGAUGAGGCAAGCGUAGAAGAAUGUUCCAAAGUUCUUGAUGAUAUGUUGGAUGAGAGCGAUCCUUUAUAUUUUGUUGCUGGGACAAUAUUUUGUGAAAGUAAGACAUAUAGAGAAUUUUGGAUGCAUCUUAGGAAGAAAAGUGAUGAAGCUAAAAAACAAUGGCUUAUAAUGGUAGGAAAGAAGAUGGGCUUGAUAUAG